UAAAUUUGUAACUUAUAUUAAUUUUGUAACUUAUAGGAACAAUCCCGCACUUUGAAACCCAAUAAAUUUAUAACUUAUAGGAACAAUCCAGUGUUUUGAAACUCAAAUAAAUUUGGUUAAAUUAUUUGGUUAAUAAUAAACUGGUUCAAACCAUGGUUUAUGGUUAAAUAAGUUCUGAAUUAUCUAUUCGGGAAGAAAUAAGUCUGUACCUUUUAGUUUGGAAAAUUUUAGAAUGAGAUCAUAGUUUGGUGGACAUCUAGUGCUAUAUGAUAGUUUUAGUGGGAAAUAUAAUUUUUAUCCAAAUAAAUCUGUUACGUUAUAUUUUGGUUGAAAUGUCUCCAAUUGAGAGUCUCUUAUUAGCGCUGUCAAUAUGGACUUAAACCAUUAAGUUAUUCUUAAAACUCACACAUUGGUAGUAACUACAAUCAUGGGCUAUAUUAUCUCUAAGAUUGGAAAUGACACCUUUCCCAUUUUUUGAUCUGCAGGGAGAUGGAGAAAAAUAGCUCAUUUUUCAGUAAUAUUACUUGUUAUAUAAACUUUAUUUAUUGAAAAGUUUUUUAAAUUUUAUCGUAUAAAUUAUAACCAUAGUUGGAAUUUAGGAGUAAAAUUAUUUAUACGUAGGAUUCGUAAGCACAUCAAUAUAAAAACCCAAAUUUGAAGUCUGUAUUAAAAAGAGUUACAGCCCAUAUUGAGAUGAGGCCUGAAUAUUUGUAGUCAAAGGCCCAACUUAAUUAUAUAAUACUAUCUUAGAGAACUAAGAUAGUUAAUUAAGCAGCAUGAUGUGAUGAAAAGUCUGAUUCCUAAUUCUUUGCCAUCCUUUUUUUGGCACUUUUAGUUCUUAUCAAACUCAGUUACAGACAGUAAGUCUUAUUGCUGCUAGUGAAACUUCAAAUCAAAACAUAGUCAAUUAUUAUAGGCAAGUGGGUUUUACUAAUGUUGAGUUCUUUAUGGAGUCGAAUGAAAUUUUACUUCUGUAUGAGAGAGAGGGAGGGCGAUGAAAGCAAAGUUUCCACGAAUAAUUUAAGACUACUCUACGGGGACAAACCAAAUCAAGAGUACUACACUAGUACUUUUCUUUGAGUCAAGCUAAGUAAUAAAGAAAUAAAAAAAUGUAUAUUUAUAUAUUCAACAUUCACGUUCCACGUUUCAUGCUUCUACUGGUAGGCAGUCCAAAUCGAUGGGUGGAAAUUGGCAACGUACAAAAAACGUUCGAUACAUCCGAUUCCUUUUAAAGAUAUAUUUUUUGGAAACGUUAUCCGAUAUCUGUGCAGUUGUAUUUUGACUGAUAGACAUCUAUGCAUGUAACAUGUUCCCCCUAUAUUCAAGUUAAACAGGCGCAAAAAAAAAAAAAAAAAUUAAAAUAGGCUCCGAGAAUAUUCACAUUCAAACUCGAAAAGCGCGAUACUUGGAUAUACAUGUUUUUAUUAAUUCGUAAAUAAGCAUUUCAUUUUUAUUUUGUUUUUUGCUAAGAAUAAAUAAACAUUCAUCUUCACAGCUGGUGGUCAUGCAGUUGAUCUAGCCUUUCUAGCAGAUAUGAAGAUAAGAUAAAAUAACAUAAAAUAAAAGAAAAAAAUUAAUUUUAUUAAAUCAAGUAAGACGGCGUUAAAUAAUCUACGACGCCAUUCUAUCAAGACUUUAAUCUAGUUUGAUUUUCACCUAGAGUUGCUUUUGUUAUCUAAACUUUGUAAUCUAAGUUAUUAACAGGCAUUAACUGGUUUAUAAUCUACCCCAUGAAAAAAAGUCUAGAGAGCAAGACGGACCAAAGCUUUACAAGUUCCCGACUAAUAUAUGUGUUUGUUCCAUUAAUCACGCCAGCGUCAACGACAAUUGGAGACUAUAGGAUUAUUGAUAUUUAUGUAAACUUUAUAUAUAUAUAUAUAUUAAUUAUUGAUUUAGGUUUAUAUAAUUAUAUAGAAUUCUAUAAAUUAUUAUUUUAUCAAAUUUUGUUAUAUUUAUAUUGAUUCAAUUUAAAACAAAUAAUUUUUUUUUUUGAUAAUUAGAGUGCUUUAACUUUCACCGAGAUGAAUGAGACUAGAGAUCGAAACAAUCACGAACCACACGGUGACCAGAGUCACACUAAAAAUAUAGGUUGUAUUCGGUCUCGGGAGACUGCAGAACCGUAUGUAAAUACCACAGUAGUCAGAAUUCAAAUCUAAAUGGUGAAACUCACAGUCGUGAAUCUUUUACCAUCAAAACCAAAAGUCUCGUAUUUUUUUUAAUUUAUUGAUUUAUGAAAUCACGAUUGUACUGAUUUUGUCUUAUAAUAAAGUUUCAAUUGCAAACAGCUCGAAUACGGGAGACUAGCUAGAUUGGUUUUUGGUUUAUAGAUUUUUGAAAUAUACGAAUCAUUCUGUUAUUUAUGAAAUUUGGUAUAUGGUUCUGUCUUGGUUCGAUUAUUUUAGUUUUUAGUUUGGUUCAGAUAAUAAUAUUACCCUAAUACAAUUAUUUGAAGUAGAUAAUGAAGUCUCCUACCCAAAAAGGAAAGGACUAUAAUUCAUUAACAGGGGUUUACAUAAUGAAGUAGACAUGCAUAUUAGAAAAAUUAAGAUAUUGCAGAGACUAUAAUUUUAUAUUAAUAGUAUUUAAAUAAGUCUUAUUAAUUUUAAUUGACAUUUUAUUAGGGUGGAUUAAUACAAUUAAAUAAAAUCAUAAAACAUAUAUCUUUAUGUAAUAAAUUCUUUAAAAAAAAUAUUUAUCUUUUUAGAAAACAGAAUGGGGGUAGUAUAUACGAACAUUCUUAAACAACGUCAACAAACCGGUACAUAAUAAUAGUAAACGCUGACGCUGGAGACAAAACACAUUGCAUAAUAAACAUUUUCCAAAAAAAAAUUACUUUACCUCCGAGGUCUAUAAAUAGCUGCCCGGAUCACAUCAUUUUCUCCCACUGACAGAAAUCUUCGAAUUUGGUAUAUAUAUCUUGCUUCAACAUUUCUUAGAUCCAUGUUCAUAAGCUGAACAGGACAUUAGAUACCAAGCCAACAUUUAGUAAAUUAGCUGUCACAACAUAUUAUAUAUAACAUAUACAUGUCUGUGUGCAGUUUAAAGAGCUAGCUUCUCCACAUCAAAAGGCAUUAAGUGAAACUCAUUAUCUCUUGAGAGAGUUCUACUGCUGUAAGCAAUGAAACAAGGAAGGAAGAGUUGUGACCAAAAGAAAUCAUUCGUACGAGCUGAUUUCCCCCAAGAUUUCUUGUUUGGAACUGCUUCAUCUGCUUACCAAUAUGAAGGAGCAGUGAAAGAAGGUUCCCGAGGAGAAAGUAUGUGGGAUGCUUUUGCUCGCAAGUAUCCAGAAAGAAAUUGCCGCUCUAACGCGGACGAGACCGUUGAUUUCUAUCAUCGUUACAAGGAGGAUAUUCAAAGAAUGAAGGAUAUAAAUAUGGAUGCUUUCAGAUUCUCCAUCUCCUGGGUCCGGAUAUUACCUUAUGGCAAACUAAGCAAGGGAGUGAACAAGGAAGGAAUUAGAUUCUACAAUGAGCUCAUUGACGAACUACUAGCCAAUGGAAUUACACCUCUAGCAACUUUGUUUCAUUGGGAUACACCUCAAGCUCUAGAAGAAGAAUAUGGCGGAUUUCUAAGCGAAAAUAUUGUAGUGGAUUUCCGAGAUUUUGCUACCAUAUGCUUUCAAGAAUUUGGAGACCGAGUGAAGCUAUGGUUAACAAUAAAUGAACCAUGGGUCUAUAGCGUAGGUGGCUAUGAUGCAGGAAGAAAAGCUCCAGGACGUGCCUCAAAAUACAUGAACGAUGCAGCCAUAGCUGGAAAAUCCGGUCACGAGGCUUAUAUCGUUAGUCACAAUCUUCUUCUGGCUCAUGCCGAAGCCGUUGAAGCCUUCAGGAGUUGCCGUAAUUGUAAAGAUGGAAACAUCGGUAUGGCGCAUUGUCCUUUGUGGUACGAGCCAUAUGAUUUAGCUUGUGUUGAAGAUAAUGAAGCAGCCGAGCGAGCUAUGGAGUUUAUGUUUGGAUGGCACAUGAAUCCAACGGUGUACGGAGAUUAUCCUGAAGUGAUGAAGAAAAUUGUAGGAAAGAGAUUACCGUCUUUUACCGAAAGCCAAUCAAGAAAGUUAAAAGGAUCUUUUGACUUUAUUGGUAUUAACUAUUAUAGCUCUGUUUACGCUAAAAACGUUGCUGAAGUAGAUCCCGACAAACCGUUUUGGAGAGCAGAUCAACAUGUUGAAUGGAAAAAACAAAAUAAAGCGGGAAAGGCCAUAGGUGCACAGGGUGGGGUUGAGUGGAACUUGAUGUAUCCACAAGGAUUACGAAAAGUUCUGAACUAUGCCAAGAAUAAAUAUGGAAACCCUAAAUUUAUAAUCACUGAAAAUGGACAUUGUGAUGCAUACGAAAAGAAGAAGCCAAAAAUCUGUGAGUUGAUGGAUAUGAAGAGGACUGAUUAUCACAAGAAACAUAUUAGCAACCUUCACAAGGCCAUAUAUGAGGACGGAGUCCAAGUAGGUGGAUAUUUUGCAUGGUCAUUGCUGGAUAAUUGUGAGUGGAAUUGCGGAUAUGAAAUACGGUAUGGAUUGUUCUACGUGGACUAUGAAAAUGGGCUUGAGCGUUAUCCAAAAAUGUCGGCGAUGUGGUUCAAGGAGUUCUUGAAGAAAAGAGACGAAGACAUGGUGAAAAGAUCACAAGCGAAAAGGGUUAAGGUGUCGGAGUUUUAAAGCUAAGCAAGUGUAAUGGAAUAACCAAUAAGGCUGAUAUGGCCGUUUGCUUACUACGUUAAUGUUAAUUUUCCUUUUUAAUUUUGUAUAGAAGGUGAAGAGUUUUCUCCUGCCUGAAAUAAAAUGUUUUCAAGAUUCGGAAUGAAAUAAGAUUUCAAAAGUUUCCUAAUAUGUAUCGAUUCAAACGAAACUUACUCUAUUCUAGGUCGUGAUCUAUAUUCACCAACUCAAUGAAUAAAAUUGGCCUUGACGCAAGCAUAUGAAGCUCAUUACGAGGAUACAUGUUCACUUCCAAGUCAAUCCCAUGAUUUCAUCACGUACAAUUUUCACAUUGAUGUGCUUUUCUUAUUCUAAAGUCACGAUACGAAGCAAUAAAGAGAAGUCAUUAAUAUAGUUUGAAGAACGACUAGUAUAUUAAUAUAGUUUAAAGAACGACUAGUAUAUGUCAGAGCACUGAUAGUUAGAUUUCAGAUAAAAUAUAUAUGUGAAUCAGAAUAAGAUAUUGCUUGGAAAAAAUAACAUAUGAAUACUUUGACUCUUCAUAACGGUCAUUAGCUUUGAACCAGCUGAUCUAGAUCAGGAUUAUCAGUUUGCAAUUAUUGCAAACUCUCUGUAGCAAGAUAAAAGGGGGUACUGAUACAAUGCAAUAAAGAAAGCACAUGGGAAGUAAAGAGAAGACAAAGGUCACAUGCCAUAAUUCUAGUGUUUGUUCCCUCUCUGCUAAGCCUCCAUGCUUCUUGUUCCCUUCUUUCUUUCUUACUUUUCUUCUUAUCUUCUUCCGUUUUUUGGACUUCUAUUUUUUUUUAAAUAGUUACUAAGAAACCAUAGACAUUUGUUUCUUUCUAUAUACUGUAAUGAUCUCUUAUACAACACGUAUAUUUAUACUGAAGUUGUUUUGUAAUAUAUGGUUUGGUGACGAUUUCCAGCGUCAAAUCACUAAUCCAAAAUUGCCUUUAGAAAUAUAAAAUAGCUAAAAGGGUAAACAUGAUUUAAUUCUUGUUGGUCGUUAAUAAUAACAAAGCCAAACCUAAAACUUAGCAACAGAAAGGGACCCAUAUUAAUGCCCCUAGGAAUUAGGAUGAUAACAUAACUUAAUAUAUCGACAGAGCCAGAUUCCUAGUCUAGUAUCAUUAUGAUGGAUAAGACAUUGUCGUCGGCUUUAAAUGGGCCAUGAACCCAUAUGCGAGACUCUCAUGUGAGCCAUCAAAUUUUGGGACACCCUUUGUCUUUUUUUCUUUUACCUUUUCCUCCUUCAUGCUGUUAAAUUGUUAAUGAAUUCACAUCUCUGCGUUGACCUUUUUAAAUCUUCAAGUCAAAGGGCUUAAUCGUCUUUUCCAAGAACAAGGGUAGAACUGGGAGAACAAAUUAGUACAACAGUCGAUGAUGAUGAUGAUGAUGUGAGUGGCCGCCACUAAGUUUGGCCAAUCGGCGUCUGUUAAUGUCUUUGGUUUCCAUAUGAUUGGCUUAUUCUGAAUGAGACCAAAAGACCAAAGCUUAUAUCUGUUUGGUCCAUUCUAUAUAAAAUUGGUUUAUAACACUUAUUACCUUUGCCUACUUAACAAGGCACCUUGUGGGGAUCGUAUUGGCCACCAAUUAUUCAGUUGUUACUCAAUCCCUAUAUCAAGUAUCAUACAAAACGUGAUUCUAAUCUUCUUAUCCACAUAGACAUUUAAGUGUGUAGUAUAUAAUCAUUCUUGGUAUAGGUAGUUUACACAAUACUUUGAUGCUGUCCUGCUUAAUUUGAGUUUAACUCCUAAAGUUUUCUUUUGUAACUACUGUUAAACUAUUUUGUAGUUUUUGUUUCUGUUUAAUCUUCAUGAGGUAAUCGUGUGUUAAACUGAAUUGAUCUUAAUUAUCUCAUUAGGAUGGAUCUAUACUUUUUUUCUUUUUUGUCAGAAUUUAUAUCGAUAUUAUUCCCAUUAAAAUAAAACAUUUUUAACCAUUAUGUGUUAAUGUGUAACGCAUAGAUCUGAUCACUGAACAACUUACCAUAAUGUCCACAUUAUAUCCUGAAUAAAUUAAUAGAAUGAUAGAAUAAACUAAUAAAAUGACACUACUACUUAAGUGUUUUUCUAAAUUCAUGAUCUUCUCAUCAAUGUUAUCUAUAAUAUACAAAGCAAGUGAGAGCGAUUCUACGAUGGUGAUAAGAGAAGAGAAUGCUCAGUUUUUCUCACAUGAGAAUGGUCCCAUCGUGUUUGCACAUCUUUAUUAAGAGUCUACCGAAACUUGGACCAUCAACGUCUCGUCAUAAUGAUAUCAUUAUUUUUUCCGAUCAAAUUGAAACUUUGGAUUUUGGGUUUAGUGGAAAGCCUUAUCAUAUUUGUUUAUUUCGUUGCAGUAAUCAUUUUCUAGUUACCCCAGCGAUCGUGUUUACUUGUUUUUCAAGUUCUAAGUACCUUUGCACCUUUUUGUAGCUUUUACAUUUACAUCUACUUUUAAUUUAGUUGUUUUCAGUCGUCACAUCCAAGAAACUCCAAAUUAAGCAUGUGUUUUUGUUAUCUCCAAAAACUCUGCGAAUUUAAAUGUACCACGUCGCACAUUCCCACAAAUCCACUGGACAAAGUAAACACGUAAGUAUAAGUUUUUCAUACGCAAAGAAACAUCUCAAGUCCUCCAUUCUCAGCUAUGAUUGCAAUAUUUGAACCCAAUAGUGCUAUUAUUAUUCGCAAUUGAAUUAAGAAGAAUACAAAGCAAUUACAUACCAAUAUUUGAAAUUAUUUGCAUCAUCAUUGUGUUUUUAUUGUAAUGUAAGGGGAAAUCAUGGUUACUCCAUCAUGUAUAUUUCACACGAACAAGUUUUACAUAUUUUUAGUCUACGUAUUAACGAUGGGCAUGGAUCAAAUAUCCAGAUUUAUGUACUAUUCAUGAUUUGACAUGUUUCGUCUAAACAAUCAAUUAUUUGAUUCGAUUUGAAUUUAUUCGGAUAUUUUAUAUUAGAUAUCCUGUUUAAUUUGUACCAAUAAAAUAAAAAUUAAAAGAAAUAAAAAUAAAAAUACAAAAGAUUAGUAAUUUAUUUUAAAAAUAAAAAAAGUAUUUACUAUUAAAAUUGUAAUAGCUAAAAAUAAAUUUAAUAAAUAAAAUAUUGUAAAACUUACAUAAAAUAUGAUAAUUGUAUAAUUUAUAUAGAUAUAUAUUUUCAAUAUAUAUAUAUAUAUAUGUGUGCAUAUAACAUAUAAUCCAUACGAGUAUCUGGAUUUUUCAGUUCAAAUAAAAACAAAUAAAUAAUCUAAUAAUUUUUUAUGAAUAUUUUGCUUAGUCAUUUACCAAUACAAAGACAUAGAAAAACUCAAGGUGUGUAUGGAUUUAAUUUCUAUUAUUCAAUAAAAUAAUCAACAUCAAAGUCUUUAUCAAACAGUGGCGCAAUUAAUAUCUAAUUGAGUUAAUUUACUACUAUAUGAAGCUGUUUUUUUUUGAGAAAAAUGAAGAAGCUGUUCUAGCCUAGAGGUCUAAUAGAAAAUGUCUUUGAGGUCAUUACUGAUCAUUCAAAAGAUUGCUACGUGAAACCCUCGAUAUCUUUCGAGCUACACUUAUAUGAUAUUGGUAUAUCAGUUAUACCAUGGCAGUAAAUAUAAUUUAGAAAAUUGAAUAUGUCGUCAAACAUGGACAUUAUGAAACCACCACCCUUUCUUUAUGAUUUUCUUGGCCAAAUUACUUUGAAAUAGAAGACGGAUCUUAUAAUAAGAAAGUCUAUAGUUCGGACAGAAUAAAUUAAAAUCAGAAGUCUUAAUAGAGGUUUAACCAUGGAAAUGAUGUCUUAAUGGUGGUUCAACUUAUGAACAAAAAAAGUCUUAAUGGUGGUUCAACUCCUGGUUGUCAUCGAUAUGUCCCAUCGUAAAUGCCUCAGCGCAUCAGGCCAAGAGAAAAUAAUAAUAAUCCUAACUACACUUAAUUCAAAGUUUGAGACUAAACCAAUUAAUUAUUUGCAAACAAAUAAUUCCUAACUAUAAGUUGAUGUACGCAUCCUCAUCAAUAACUUUAUCCCUGUUGUAUAAUCUUAGAUUUAUUUUUUCUACCCUAAAACUUGAUUUACCAUGCAUCUUCAUCAACAACUUUAUCCCUAUUGUAGUUGAUUAUCCUAAAAUACGUAUUUAUAUAAAUAAAUCUAAUCGGCAUGCAUAUAUAGAUUUAUUUUUAUUUUAUUUUGAUCAAAAAAAUAAAUCUAUAUAUGCAUGCCGAUUAGAUGACUAAAUGGCCGCUUGUGAAAUUUAAAUCAUUUACAAAAUUACACCUAAUACUGUCACCAACCCAAGAACAAGAAUUAUAGUAUUAAUUGCGGAUUAUAGGAGUUGUUAAGCUAACUAAAAUGGUUACAAAUGACUGUUGAGUAUAGAAAUGAAAGAAUUGGUAUGAUUAAGAUAGCUUCGUCCUUAUUGCUAAAUAAUUAUGGUCUCGAGUCAUCAGUUCUCUAUAGUUAAUUGAUGAAAACCUCUGGAAUUUUCUGUAUCCGGUAUACUAUUAUGUUGUUGAGACAGCGACAUUGUACUAGCUUCGCUAGUGAUCAUAGGAGUCCUAGUUAGAUGAAUUUUUGUUUGUGGGAAUACAAAAAUCUUACUAAAUUCUUGUAAAAUGAAGUUUAAUUCCCAUAUAUACGAUUCGGCUAUUGCAAUUAUUACUAAGUCCUCUUUUAUUUAGGCUGCUUAAUGCAAUGCAUCUAUGAUCAUAAGAAUUCACAACUAUUCAAAAAAAAAGUUGAUUGAUUGCGUCGAUCAAUAUUUUUCAUGAUAAAACCGACAAUUUGGAUUGGUAUCAUUUUUUGGUGCAUAGGUAUACGUAUGUGUGCACGCGUAUGUAUAACAUGUCCGCGUACAUAUAAAAUUGACUAGCUAAGCAGAUUGUAUGGAGCUAAUGGGCAUUAAUUAUUCAACUAAAUUGCAUAUUUUAUCGCAUGUUAUUUUCGUUUUUUUUUGCUUAAAUUUAGGUUUUCGUAUAUUUUGUUGCACGUAAAUAAUACAAAUACAAUACCAUAAUGUUGCAGAUUACCAAUUUAAACCUGAAUACGAUAACGGUAGAAUGGGAACAUGAGGGCAGAUCUGAUAACACAGUAGCACAGGAAAUCGUGAUUAAACAACUAAUAUAAUCAUUUAGUGUGCUUUAUAAUCUUACGGUAAGAUUCGCAUUUUGUUGUAAGUUGAGGAAAAGGGGGUGUUGUACCGUUGUGCAACGUGAUGACAUUCUAAAACUCCAACAAUUAUAAGGUUCCCAAGAAUUCCAACGAAUAUUAAAGAACGUAAUAUUCCUUGAACACAAUUUUUUUCAUCAACUUCGAAUAAGUUCAUUCGGAUAUGGAUGAAGAAACAUGGACUUAUAGUCGUCUACCUCUCUCUGAUCACAACGUAGUUAAUACUAAACCAAAACAAAAUUGUUGAUCCUGUAAGGCUAUAAUUAAGGGUUCUAUUAUUAAAUUUAAUUAUUUACUAGAUUUUGACCCGUGCUUUUGAAGCGCGGGUUUUUUUCGGUUAGUAAAAAUGUUUAAUUGAUUUUGAUAUGCGUUAUUAAGUUAAAAGUUGUAUUAUAUCUAAGAAGUGAAUGUUUUUUGUUUACGAUUAUAUAAUUGAUCAAUUUGUUUCUUUAAAAUUUUGUAUGUAUAUUCUAUAUUACAACAUCAUCUUUAUAUUUUGUGUGCAUUUUAUAAGAGUUAUAUAUGUUGAGUAGGAACAUAUAAUUUACACAACAUAUUAUGGUCUAAUUUAAUGGUAUAGAUUUGUAGAGGUUUUAAUAGUUUUUAGUCAUGUUUUUGUAACCAACUCGAAUCCGUGGUUGAACUGGUAAAUCCUCGGACACAUAGAUAAUUCAGUUCAAAUAUAGUUAAAAUUCAAUAUUUAAUAACCAUAUAAAACCCGGUAAAAACAUAAAAACAUGUCAUUAACUCGAGAUCCAACCGGAUUACCCCAUAAAAACCCUUAUAAAUCGGAUGACAUUUUAAAAAUAUAUUGAACUUUGAAAUACUUUUAAAAAUUACAUAAAUUUGUUUUGUGCUUUUUAAAAAAAAAAUUGAUAAUGUUUUACAAUAUAACUUUAAAAAAAUGAAGAAAAUGGUUGUGGAAAAAAAAACUAAACUUUACUGUUAUAAUUCAAUAUUUUUAUUGAUAAUAUAUUAUAAAGUUGUCUAUUUUUUUAUAUUAGAUUUGGAAGUUUUUUUUAUAAUAAGUGUUAUUUACUUAUUUAUAUUAUCAAUAAAAAUAAUCUAUUAUAAUUUUGUCUAUUUUGUUUUACUAUAGAUAAACUAUAUUUUUGUGUUGGUAUAUUAUUAUCUAGUUUAUAUUAAUAAUGUACAUAUAUGUAUAAUUGUAUAUAUAGUUUUAAUAUAUUAUAUAUUAUAUUUUCCCCUUUUUAUUUUAUUGAAAAUAAAUUAUUUUGGUUUAAAAGAAUGUAAUUUAUAUUGAUGAAAAUUAAAUUGGUUAAUCAAUAUAUUUCGUCUAUCUUGUAUCAAAUAAAAUAUUUUGUCCUUUUUAGUGGAACAACCUAUAAAAAUCAGUUAUACUCACAUUUGGAUCAACUGAACAAACAAUUAUUUUUCCAGAAAACUCUAUGUAAGACAUGUCUUUCUAAUCUAGAUUUUCUGCAGAAACAUAUUAUAUCUUAUAGAUAAAUUAUAAAGUUAAAUAACUAAAAAUGAAACAGAAGAUACGUUUGUUUUGCAUGCAUCCAAGUAUUAGGGUAUUAUGUGAUUGAAUUGUUAAAAAUAUAUUGUGUUUUAUUUUAAAAGCACAGGUGGAAAGAUAUAACAUUGAAAAUAAAACAUUUGAAUCGUUAGAUAUAAUUAAUGUGGGUUAACAAAGAUUUCAUAUUAAUUUGAAAUGAUAUGCUAAAUUUAUUUACGUAAAUUUGGUUGAUUAUAUUCCUUUGGAGAAAAUGUAGUAUAUUUGAUUGAUUGUAUUGUUAAAUUAAUUUAUUAUAGGACCAACAAAUUAAUAAAUAGUAGUAGAGAGGUGUAACAAUCUUGUAUAAGUAGAUUUUUUAAGAAUGUUUCCCUUUUAAUAGUAUAGAUACACGAGACGUUUGUACUCCUAUAUCUUAAAACUCGACUAAUGUAAAUUAACAGAUAGAUAAAUUAGUUUUUUUUUUAAUUAUCUAAACGUCCUUCAGUUAUGUCGUCGCAGAUCAAACAAUCAGGAAAUAUAUUGUUUACGUAGAGGUAUAGGCAAAAUCAACUAUUUGAGCAUCUGAAUUUAGCAACCAAUAUUAAACUAGCAGGUAAGCAAAUUAGCUUCAUUUUGGAAAUAUUAAGUAUAGCUGUAAUGAACAAACGCGAAUCAAACUAUAAUAAAACAAAUAACUUAAUAAGAACAAAACAUGUU